UGGGGACUGAAAUACAAUUGAAACAUUUUUCUUACAACUUAAACGUACGGGAGAUCCAACAAAAACUCCUCUAAGCAUGUUGAUGUCCGACUGAAGCAGAUGCAGAUGGUGGGCCAAUCAGUUAACUGUUAAAAUUCUUUCUAAGAAGUUUCUUACAAGUAAUUGGUGAUGAUAAUUGUAAAGCCUGCAAAAUCGAGACCGUUGAACGUGCACAAAAUUCCUUCCCUUUUCCCUUUUGAUCUGGUAAUGGUAUUGGAUUUCAAUAUUUCAUUUCCAUUCUUCCAAAAGCUUGCAACAAUGGAGCCACUGUUGAACUGAAACAACACCCUCGAUCCGCUUUCCCCUGUUUCUGCCAUAUGGGUCGCCCACUCCGUUCUCUCCCCCCUUCGCCAUGGAUCUGCUUCUUCUUCUGCUUCUGCUUCUUCACAUGUUUCCAAGGUUGUCUCGUCGCUGCUGAGGUUGAUCCCAACAACAUUAGAUUAACUCCAAUCGACCGCGAUCUUUACCAUUCUAGUGUUGAUUUGAUGAAGGAGAUACAAACCGUGGUCCAUCGCCACCCCGAUAAGCUGACUAUAGAGACAAUGAGGUCUGGAAAUAAGGGCUAUCUUGCAGAGAUUCCAGUUGUUACUUAUUGCCAUGGAAGGAAAAACAUUGAUGACUUGUCCAAGUUUCGGAUACUUCUUAGUUUUGGACAGCAUGGAAGGGAGCUCAUUACAACAGAACUUGCACUAAGAAUUCUUUUACUCUUGAGUGGAGAACAGUUUUUGCCUCACAUGGAUCAAGCGUCUUUAAACAAUACACUUGCCAAUCUUGUCAUUAAGGUGGUGCCGAUGGAAAACUUGAAUGGACGUAGACUCGUCGAGGCCGGGGAUCUUUGUGAAAGAAGAAAUGGGAGAGGUGUUGAUCUGAACAGGAACUGGAGCGUCGAUUGGGGUAAAAAGGAGAAGGAUUAUGAUCCAUAUGAGGAAAAUCCUGGGUUUGCUCCUUUCAGUGAACCAGAAACUCAAGUUAUGCGAAAACUUGCCUUAACAUUUGAUCCACAUAUAUGGGUCAAUGUGCACUCUGGAAUGGAGGCUCUAUUCAUGCCUUAUGACCAUAAAAACACAACUCCUGAUGGUGAUAUUGCACAACAAAUGAAACUUGUGCUUGAAGAGCUGAACAAUCUCCAUUGCCACAGUCGAUGCAUGAUCGGAUCGGGUGGAGGUUCCGUUGGGUAUCUGGCACAUGGGACAGCCACAGAUUUCAUGUUUGACAAGGCACGAGUUCCUAUGGCUUUCACUUUUGAGAUAUACGGAGAUGGAGCAGCCUCGUCGAAAGACUGCUUUAAGAUGUUCAAUCCCACGGAUCUCGGAACCUUCAAUAGGGUUCUCAGCGAUUGGUCUGCUGCAUUUUUCACAAUCUUUAAGCUGGGUCCGGAGUACCUUGGUGAUACCGAGCUCCAUUCGAAGGGCAACUUAGACAAGCUAGUGUCGAUUGAUGAAUAUCUUGAAGGUUACUUGAUUGAGAGGAGUAGCAGAUAUGGGAAGAAGAGGGAGGUUCUUGAACUAGGGAUGCAGGAGAUGAGAACUUAUUUUAGGCUAUUUUUGUUGUCGUCAAUUUUAUUGUUGUUCAUGUUUUGUUCCAGAAUUUCUAAAAACAAGUUCACUAGACCACUUGUUUCUGCAAUUUCCAUUUGAGGUAGAUACAACACAAGGAUGUGUCUAGUUUCUGGAACUCCACAUGUUUAUUGCCAUAUUUAUAUUCUAAACGAGUACAGAUGAUCUCAUAUUUGUAGUUUGA